GGCGGCGUGAGGGGUCCGGCUGCCUUGUCAGCCUGGUGUGGUCGCGUGCAUGUGGGCGUUCCGCUCGCUGCUGCGUCCCCUCGGCCUGCGCACCAUGUCGCAGGGUUCGGCUCGCCGGCCGCGGCCGCCCAAAGACCCACUGCGACACCUGCGCACGCGGGAGAAGCGCGGCCCGGGUCCCGGGGGCCCGAACACCGUGUACUUGCAGGUGGUGGCAGCGGGCGGCCGGGACGCGGGCGCGGCUCUCUACGUCUUCUCGGAAUACAACAGGUACCUUUUUAACUGCGGAGAAGGCGUCCAGCGACUAAUGCAGGAACACAAACUGAAAGUCGCUCGCUUGGACAACAUCUUUCUGACUCGGAUGCAUUGGUCAAAUGUUGGGGGUUUGUGUGGAAUGAUUUUAACUUUAAAAGAAACUGGGCUUCCCAAAUGCGUUCUGUCUGGACCACCACAACUGGAGAAAUAUCUAGAAGCAAUCAAAAUAUUUUCUGGUCCACUGAAAGGAAUAGACCUGGCUGUACGGCCUCACUCUGCACCAGAAUACAGGGAUGAGACCAUGACUGUUUACCAGGUCCCUAUCAACAGUGAACAAAGGUAUGGAAAGCAACAGCCAUCCCAGAGCCCCAGAAGAUCUCCCAACAGGCUCAGUCCCAAACAGUCAUCAUCGGACCCUGGAUCAGCUGCAAACGGGCAGUGCCCUCCAGAGGGUGCCAACGGGAAAGCAUCGGGCAGGGACCCCUCCUUAGUGGUAGCUUUUGUCUGCAAGCUUCACUUGAGGAAAGGAAACUUCUUGGUGCUUAAAGCAAAGGAGCUGGGCCUUCCUGUUGGGACGGCCGCCAUUGCACCCAUCAUUGCUGCUGUCAAGGACGGGAAGAGUAUCACUUAUGAAGGAAAGGAGAUUGCUGCUGAAGAGCUUUGUACACCCCCAGAUCCUGGUCUUGUAUUCAUUGUGGUAGAGUGUCCUGAUGAAGGAUUCAUCCUGCCCAUCUGUGAGAAUGACACCUUUAAAAGGUACCAGGGAGAAGCUGAUGCACCUGUGGCGCUGGUGGCCCACAUAGCUCCAGAAUCUGUACUCACCGACAGCAGGUACCAGCAGUGGAUGGAGAGGUUCGGGCCUGACACACAGCACCUGAUUCUGAAUGAGAAUUGUCCCUCAGUCCACAACCUGCGCAGCCACAAGAUUCAGACCCAGCUUAGCCUCAUCCACCCUGACAUCUUCCCCCAGCUUACCAGCUUCUAUAGUAAGGAGGAAGGUUCCACCUUCAGCAUGCCGACAGUUCGGGGUGAAUGCCUCCUCAAGUAUCAGCUCCGCCCCAAGAGAGAGUGGCAGAGGGAUACCACACUCGACUGCAAUACUGAUGAAUUCAUAGCUGAGGCCUUGGAGCUCCCCAAUUUCCAGGAGAGUGUGGAGGAGUAUCGGAAGAACAUGCAGGACAACGCAGCCCCAGCAGAGAAAAGAAGCCAGUAUCCUGAAAUUGUCUUCCUGGGUACUGGGUCUGCCAUCCCAAUGAAGAUCCGAAAUGUCAGUUCCACACUCGUCAACCUAAGCCCUGACAAGUCAGUGCUGCUGGAUUGUGGAGAAGGCACAUUUGGGCAGCUGUGCCGUCAUUAUGGAGAGCAAAUAGACCGAGUCUUAUGCAGCCUCACGGCUGUGUUUGUGUCCCAUCUGCACGCCGACCACCACACGGGCUUGCUGAAUAUCUUGCUGCAGAGAGAGCAUGCGUUGGCGUCUCUGGGGAAACCCUUCCAGCCCUUGCUUGUGGUGGCCCCUACCCAGCUCAGGGCCUGGCUGCAGCAGUAUCACAACCAGUGCCAGGAGAUUCUGCACCACAUCAGUAUGAUUCCGGCCAAAUGCCUUCAGGAAGGGGCAGAGGUCUCCAAUACCACAUUGGAAAGGCUGAUCAGCUUGUUGUUGGAAACAUGUGACUUAGAAGAAUUUCAGACCUGUCUGGUACGGCACUGCAAGCAUGCUUUUGGCUGCGCACUGGUACAUUCAUCUGGCUGGAAAAUUGUCUACUCUGGGGAUACCAUGCCCUGUGAGGCUCUGGUCCAGAUGGGGAAAGAUGCCACCCUCCUGAUCCAUGAAGCCACUCUGGAGGAUGGCUUGGAAGAGGAAGCAGUAGAGAAGACACACAGCACCACCUCCCAGGCUAUUAAUGUGGGCAUGCGAAUGAAUGCGGAGUUCAUCAUGCUGAACCACUUCAGUCAGCGGUACGCCAAGAUCCCCCUUUUCAGCCCUGACUUCAACGAGAAAGUUGGCAUCGCCUUUGAUCAUAUGAAGGUCUGCUUUGGAGACUUCCUGACAGUGCCCAAGCUGAUUCCCCCACUGAAGGCCCUAUUUGCAGAUGACAUUGAAGAGAUGGUGGAACGCAGGGAGAAGAGGGAACUACGGCUGGUGCGAGCAGCCCUCCUGACCCAGCAGGCAGACAGCCCAGAGGACAGAGAACCCCAACAGAAGCGGGCCCACACAGAUGAACCACACAGCCCACAGAGCAAGAAGGAGAGCAUGGGAAGCACUUUAGGAACGCGAGUGUGAGACGGCAAGGACUUGGCCUUCCUUCCCUGGCGGCCAUCUUCAGACGUCCUCAUGAGGCAGCACAGGAUGUCAUUACUGCCCUGCAGCCUUCACUGAAACAAGACUGUGUGCCAAGCUCAGGGUUAAUAAAU